AUGUGUGUUUUCAGGUAUUGUCCCACGUGUAAAAAGCACCAACAGGCCACAAAGAAGUUUGAUCUGUGGUCUCUGCCGCGGAUCCUCGUGGUGCACCUCAAACGCUUCUCCUACAACCGCUGCUGGAGGGACAAGCUGGACACUGUGGUCGACUUCCCCAUCAGAGACUUGAACAUGUCAGAGUUUGUGUGUGACCCUAAAGCCGGACCCUACGUCUAUGAUCUCAUCGCGGUGUCCAACCACUACGGCGGCAUGGGGGGAGGCCACUACACGGCGUACGGCAAGAAUAAAAUGGACGGGAAAUGGUAUUACUUUGACGACAGCAGCGUCUCGUCCGCCUCAGAGGACCAGAUUGUGACGAAAGCAGCCUACGUGCUCUUCUACCAACGCCGAGACCUGGACGACGGCCCCAAAGCCUCAGCGUCACUAGGGGGUGCUUCUGAGUGCACGGACGACAUCAUGGACACAAACUAA